GCAGGCGGGGCGCACAACUGGAGAAGAUCGCGGGGCGACUCGGAGCCGACUAGCCAGUUCUCCCAGGGUUACCAUCUGAAGAGCGACUGCUGGACUCCAGCCGCACCAUCAUGGGGAGCCCCGAGGGGCGCUUCCACUUUGCCAUUGACCGCGGGGGCACCUUUACAGAUGUCUUUGCCCAGUGCCCAGGAGGGCAUGUGCGGGUCCUGAAACUGCUCUCUGAGGACCCUGCCAACUAUGCAGACGCACCAACGGAGGGCAUCCGCCGCAUCCUGGAGGAGGAGGGGGGCGUGCUAUUGCCCCGGGACCGGCCACUGGACACCAGUCGUAUUGCCAGCAUCCGCAUGGGUACCACAGUGGCCACCAAUGCACUAUUAGAACGACGGGGGGAACGGGUGGCCCUGCUGGUGACACGUGGCUUCCGAGACCUGCUGCACAUUGGCACCCAGGCCCGCGUGGACCUCUUUGAUCUGGCUGUGCCCAUGCCAGAGAUGCUGUAUGAGGAGGUGCUGGAGGUGGAGGAACGUGUGGUGCUUUACCGCGGAGAACCAGGCGCUGGGUCGCCUGUCAAAGGCCGCACAGGAGACCUGCUGGAGGUGCAGCAGCCUGUGGACCUGGGGUCCCUGCGUGGGAAACUGGAGGGGCUCCUGUCCCGGGGCAUCCGCAGCCUGGCCGUGGUUCUCAUGCAUUCCUACACAUGGGCCCAACAUGAGCAGCAGGUGGGCACACUGGCCCGGGAGCUGGGCUUCACGCACGUGUCCCUGUCCUCGGAGGCCAUGCCCAUGGUCCGCAUUGUUCCCCGGGGACACACAGCCUGCGCCGACGCCUACCUCACUCCUGCCAUCCAGCGCUACGUGCAGAGCUUCCGCCGUGGCUUCCAGGGCCAGCUUAAGGACGUGCAGGUGCUCUUCAUGCGCUCCGAUGGUGGCCUGGCGCCCAUGGACGCCUUCAGUGGCUCCCGCGCUGUGCUCUCUGGUCCCGCCGGCGGUGUGGUGGGUUACUCGGCCACAACCUAUCAGCUAGAGGGUCACCAGCCUAUCAUUGGCUUUGACAUGGGAGGCACAUCCACAGAUGUGAGCCGCUAUGCUGGGGAAUUUGAGCACGUGUUUGAGGCCAGCACAGCUGGUGUCACCCUCCAGGCCCCACAGCUGGACAUCAACACAGUGGCAGCUGGUGGGGGCUCCCGCCUCUUCUUCAGGUCUGGCCUCUUCAUAGUUGGGCCCGAGUCAGCAGGUGCCCACCCAGGCCCCGCCUGCUACCGCAAAGGGGGCCCCGUGACAGUGACGGAUGCUAAUCUGGUCCUGGGUCGCCUGCUGCCUGCCUCCUUCCCCUGCAUUUUUGGGCCGGGAGAGGACCAGCCAUUGUCCCCUGAAGCCUCCCGCAAGGCCCUGGAGGCUGUGGCCACUGAGGUGAACAGCUUCCUGACCAGCGGGUCCUGCCCGGCCUCCCCACUGAGCCUGGAGGAGGUGGCCAUGGGAUUCGUGCGUGUGGCCAAUGAGGCCAUGUGCCGGCCCAUCCGUGCGCUCACACAGGCACGAGGUCAUGACCCCUCAGCCCAUGUGCUGGCCUGCUUCGGGGGAGCUGGUGGGCAGCAUGCUUGUGCCAUUGCCCGGGCCCUGGGCAUGGACACUGUGCAUAUUCACAGGCACAGUGGGCUGCUGUCAGCUCUGGGGCUGGCUCUGGCAGACGUGGUGCAUGAGGCCCAGGAGCCUUGCUCCCUGCCUUACACGCCAGAGACCUUCAUGCAGCUGGACCAGAGACUGAGCCUCCUGGAGGAGCAGUGUGUGGAUGCCCUGCAGGCCCAGGGCUUCCCCAGGUCCCAGAUCAGCACGGAGAGCUUCCUGCAUCUGCGUUACCAGGGAACUGACUGUGCCCUGAUGGUGUCUGCCCACCAGCACCCAGCUACGUCCCGCUCACCCCGUGCUGGUGACUUUGGGGCAGCCUUUGUGGAAAGGUACCUGAGGGAGUUUGGCUUCGUCAUCCCUGAGCGGCCUGUGGUGGUGGACGACGUGAGGGUGAGGGGCACUGGCCGCAGUGGUCUUCGGCUGGAGGUCGCCCCCAAAGCCCAGACUGGGCCUCCCCGGGUGGACAAGGUGACCCAGUGCUACUUCGAGGGGGGUUACCAGGAGACCCCUGUGUACCUGCUAGGGGAGCUGGGCUAUGGGCACCAGCUCCAGGGGCCCUGCCUCAUCAUUGACAGCAACAGCACCAUCCUUGUGGAGCCCGGGUGCCAGGCAGAGGUGACCAAGUCAGGGGACAUCCGCAUCUCUGUGGGGGCUGAGGCCCCCAGCACAGUGGGCACUAAGCUUGAUCCCAUCCAGCUGUCUAUCUUUUCACAUCGCUUCAUGAGCAUUGCUGAGCAGAUGGGCCGCAUCCUGCAGCGCACUGCCAUCUCCACCAACAUCAAGGAACGCCUGGACUUCUCCUGUGCCCUCUUUGGACCUGACGGGGGGCUGGUCUCUAAUGCCCCCCACAUUCCUGUGCAUCUGGGAGCCAUGCAGGAGACUGUGCAGUUCCAGAUCCAGCACUUGGGUUCUGAUCUCCACCCCGGUGAUGUGCUACUCAGCAACCACCCCAGCGCAGGGGGCAGCCAUCUUCCAGACCUGACUGUAAUCACACCGGUAUUUUGGCCAGGUCAGACUCGGCCUGUGUUCUACGUGGCCAGCCGAGGGCAUCAUGCAGACAUUGGGGGUAUUACACCAGGCUCCAUGCCCCCGCACUCCACUGCACUGCAACAGGAGGGGGCCGUCUUUCUGUCCUUCAAGCUGGUCCAGGGGGGCGUCUUUCAGGAGGAGGCGGUGACAGAGGCCUUACGGGCACCAAGCAAGAUCUCUGGUUGUAGUGGAACUAGGAAUCUGCAUGACAAUCUGUCGGAUCUCCGUGCCCAGGUGGCAGCCAACCAAAAGGGCAUACAGUUGGUGGGGGAGCUCAUCGGGCAAUAUGGCUUGGAUGUUGUGCAGGCCUACAUGGGCCACAUUCAGGCAAAUGCAGAGCUGGCAGUGCGUGACAUGCUGCGGGCCUUUGGAACCUCCCGGCAGGCUCGGGGCCUACCCCUUGAGGUGUCUGCGGAGGACCACAUGGAUGAUGGCUCUCCUAUACACCUCCGAGUUCAGAUCAACCUGAGUCAGGGCAGUGCUGUAUUUGACUUCAGUGGCACUGGGCCGGAGGUGUUUGGCAACCUCAAUGCCCCGCGGGCCAUAACGCUGUCGGCCCUCAUCUACUGCUUGCGCUGUCUUGUGGGCCGUGACAUCCCACUCAACCAGGGCUGCCUGGCACCUGUGCGGGUGGUGAUUCCUAGAGGCUCCAUCCUGGACCCAUCCUCAGAGGCAGCGGUGGUGGGCGGCAACGUGCUCACGUCACAGCGUGUGGUGGACGUCAUCCUGGCGGCCUUCGGGGCCUGCGCUGCCUCCCAGGGCUGCAUGAACAACGUGACCCUGGGCAAUGCCCAUAUGGGGUACUACGAGACGGUAGCGGGCGGCGCAGGUGCGGGCCCCGGCUGGCACGGACGCAGCGGCGUGCACAGCCACAUGACCAACACACGCAUCACCGACCCCGAGAUACUGGAGAGCCGGUACCCGGUCGUCUUGCGCCGCUUUGAACUGAGGCCGGGCUCUGGGGGCCGAGGCCGAUUCCGGGGCGGCGACGGCGUGGUCCGCGAGCUGCUCUUCCGCGAAGAGGCGCUGCUGUCGGUGCUCACAGAACGCCGGGCCUUCCAGCCAUAUGGCCUUCAGGGGGGUGAGCCUGGCGCCAGGGGCCUAAACCUGCUGAUCCGAAAGGAUGGCCGCACUGUGAACCUUGGCGGGAAGACGUCGGUGUCAGUGUACCCGGGGGAUGUGUUCUGCCUUCAUACCCCUGGAGGUGGUGGCUACGGGAACCCAGAGGACCGUGCCCCAUCGCAGGGCUCGCCCCCACAAUCCCCUGCCUUCUCAGAGCGGGGUAGUGUCUAUGAGUACCGCAGGGCCCAAGAGGCUGUGUGAGGCCCCCCUAAUAAAGAUCCCUUACAUCGCCCAGUUGUGGGACACGGCUGUCAGGCCAAA